AACAGCCUGGUGGCGGAACAUGCGCUGGCCAUCCUGGCACACUGCACAGUAGUGGGCAAGAUGCACUUGGAGGAGGCCAAGUCGACCGCCUCUAUGGGACCCAACGAGACCAGAUUCCUGGAGACCCUGAUAGACAACAGCACCUUCUGGAAUGCAAAAACCUUCCAGAUGAUAUAUGACCUCAUCGCGAAGCACGCCACAAUCGACCAGGUGUUGGGCAAUGGAUUUGCCCUGCUGGAUGCUGUCUUCUGUCCGCCCGGGCACAUCAGCUUCCAGGUCAAGGUGGAGAAUGCCUUCUGGGAGAAGCAUGGAAAGUUGUGCCAAAAGCUCUGUGAGAUGGGUUUUGUUGAUCUCAUUCUGGGUGCCCUACGGAAGGUACGAGAGGGUAUUUCGGAGUUGUUGAGGCCUGCGCUGGCUGUGUUGUGGAAGCUGAGUGUUGACCGCAAAAACGCUAAAAUGUUCAUUGAAAAGGGCGCAUUUGAGGCAGUCUUUGAUGCCAUGAAAGCCUAUCCGCAGCACAUUGGCAUUUUGAAUCAGGCAGCACUCUGCAUCUGUGCCCUAGCCAGCGAAAGUGCCCUAACCGAGGAUGCCCUUACUAACCUGGACGUCAGUGACCUUCUGUUAACCAUGGUGGAAAACUUCCUCAACUAUCCGGACCUCUGCCAUAACGCCCUCCUGGCCAUGAGCACCAUUCUUCACCGAUCAGACGGCAUUGUCGAAGCUCUCUUUGGAGAAUUGGACAAAGUCAAGCGACUUCUCAAGGCGAUUCUCGACCGCUUCCCCGUAAUUCGUGUAGGUGACCUCUCAUUCGCUUAG